AUGGGUUCGACCUCUGAUUCUACCGAAGAUUUACUAAAUUAUAUUGACACACUGACAACUAACAACAAAGAAGAUGGGUUUCGUCUUUGCAACAUCAGCUGUGAUGAAGUUUAUCAUGUGAUAAAGAACCUACGGUCAGACUGUUCUACAGGACCAAAUAAAAUCCCUGCCAAAUAUAUUAAACUGGUUGACAACAUCUUAGCAGGACCUCUGACAAAGAUAAUUAACAGCAGUAUAGAUUUAACAAUGUUUCCUGAGGCUUGGAAAAUAUCUAGAAUUUCUCCAAUUCCGAAAAAUGAAAUACCAAUGAAAGAUGAGGAUUUAUGA